CCUCCGAUCCUACGGCGCCGUUUCGCAUCAUCUCUCUCUCUCCCCGGCGCUCUACCGCCAGCUCCGUCGUGGAAAGUUGAAGGUAGAGAUUGUCGCGUGAGAAAGAGAUUGAAGCCGUGUGUCGAGACAAGAUGGGUGAGGGGCAAGAGAAGGACGCUCUUCCGAAUAACAAGCCUUCCACUGAACAUGACAUUUCUGAUGAGCUAGAUCUGAAAAUAAAGAAGUAUCUCAGAGGAGAAGUUGCUAAUUUGGAGGCUUUGAAGGAUAAAAAGCUGAAGGGUCAACUUGCUGUUAGAGAAGAAUUAUAUGGAAAAUCUGCAAAAGCUGCUGCUAAGGCAGAGAAGUGGCUUAUGCCUAGCGAGGGAGGUUAUCUGGAGGCUGAAGGCAUAGAGAAGACAUGGAGAAUCAAACAAGAGGCAAUAGCUCGUGAAGUAGAUAUCUUAAGCUCAAGGAAUCAAUAUGAUAUUAUCUUACCAGCACUUGGUCCAUACACUCUGGAUUUUACUUCGAGCGGCCGGUAUAUGGCUGUUGGUGGUCGUAAGGGUCAUCUGGGAAUCGUGGACAUGAUAAAUCUGAGCCUAAUCAAAGAGUUUCAGGUAAGAGAAACCGUGCGCGAUGUGGUCUUCCUGCAUAAUGAGCUCUUUUUUGCUGCAGCCCAGAAAAAGUAUACUUACAUCUAUAAUCGUGAAGGCACAGAGCUUCAUUGCCUCAAGGAACAUGGUCCAGUGUUAAGGCUUCAGUUUCUGGAAAACCAUUUUCUCUUGGCUUCAAUCAACAAACUUGGCCAGCUUCAUUAUCAGGAUGUUACAACGGGUAGCAUGGCUGGUAAUUUUCGAACUGGCUUAGGACGUACAAACGUGAUGCAAGUGAACCCUUUCAAUGGGGUUGUUUCUUUAGGUCACUCAGGUGGUACGGUUACUAUGUGGAAGCCAACCAGUUCUUCUCCUCUUGUUAAGAUGCUAUGUCAUCAUGGGCCUGUCUCAGCGCUGGCAUUUCACUCAAAUGGCCACUUAAUGGCCACUGCCGGGAAAGAUAAAAAAAUUAAGCUUUGGGACUUGAGGAAAUUAGAGGCUGCUCUACAAAUAUUACCAGGCCAUGCAAAUACUUUGGAUUUUAGUCAAAAAGGUUUGCUUGCUUGUGGUAAUGGUUCAUUUAUUCAGGUUCUGAGUGAUGUGUCUAGUACACAGAACUAUUCUAAGUAUAUGACUCAUUCCAUGGUGAAAGGUUACCAGAUAGGAAAAUUAGUAUUUCGACCAUAUGAAGAUGUUCUAGGCAUAGGGCAUUCCAUGGGCUGGUCUAGUAUUCUUAUUCCUGGAGCAGGAGAACCCAACUUUGACUCAUGGGUUGCAAACCCAUUUGAAACAUCUAAACAGAGGAGAGAAAAGGAAGUAAGGUCUCUUCUUGAUAAGCUUCCACCUGAGACCAUCAUGCUGGAUCCCAGCAAGAUUGGUACGGUAAAACCAACAAGAAAAGAGAAACCAACAAACCAAGAGAGGGAGGCUGAGAUGGAAGCUGCUGUUGAAGCUGUUAAGGGCACAAAAAUGAAGAACAAAACAAAAGGAAGAAAUAAGCCAGGUAAAAAGAUACAGAAAACGCAAGACGCAAUUGCUAGAGUGAAGAGGCCUUACUUAGAGCAUAAAAUUCAAGAGGAGGAAAACAUAUUGAGAAAGAAGCAGAACACUAGUGAGGGAGUUGAGCUACCAAAAUCUUUACAGCGGUUUGCUCGUAAGAAAGCAUCAUCAUGAUUAAAAACUUUGCCCAGUCAAGGAUUUUUCAUUCUUUCUUUCUAAUCUCUCUCUCGUUUAUUUCUUUUGUUUUUCAAGCUUCUUAAUUUGUAUUUGUCGCCCCCUUUGUUAUUUGUAGCCUUUAGUCUUUGUAUUAAUAUUUCUUGCCUUUUAAGGUAUAGGCCAUGACCAAAUUUUGCUUUGGAGAUACCCAUGGACCUGCUAGUAGCAAUCAUGAAGUGACAUUGGCAGAGGAGAAAUUUUUUU